AUGGAUCCAUCACUCAAGGUCAAAAGAUCGGCCCAUACCAUCUCUGUCCAACCGAAAGAAACGAUACUGACUGCGUUUCCCUAUUGGCCUCAUAGCUCUCUGCUGGAUUUCCUCAAAGGAGAGCCAAGAGUCUUGGGGGCUAUCCAGAUCCUGCUUGCCUUGAUCAUUAUGGGCCUUGGAACUAUAUUUGCAGUUAAUUACUUCCUUUUCUCCCAAAAAUUUCCACUUGUUUUCUGCACAGGAUAUACAUUCUGGGGAGCACUUAUUGGGCAAAGCGUCAUGGCCAUGAAUGUGAUCAGUAUUUUGGCUGCGGUGGCUGGGAUCACUUUCACCAUUAUCAGCUUUCAAUAUCAGCACCAUUACUGCAAGAUGCCUUCCCUCGAAGGAAUAUGUGUUAUAGGUAGAGUCCUUUACAAUGGAAUUUUGUCGGUCUUACUGAUCCUCAGCAUAGCAGAGCUCAGCAUCUCGGUGACUAUAGCCUCCUUCAGAAGCAAGUGCUGGACCAAGUCAAAUGAGAUUGUCUUUUUCUUGCCUUUGGAUGUUACUCAAAAGAAUGAAUUAUCUACAACAGAAGAAGAUGCUAUAAUACAAUUUGACCUUCAAGAAGAGUGUUUCAAGGAUGAAUCAAUAGCAAAGAUGCAACCUGUUUUCUUUGGAGGCUAUACUUUCUUCAAAUUAAGAGUCUCAAGAAAUCCCUUAACCAUCCAUCAUUCAGAAAAGAGAGGCAGUAAUAAUUGCUACACAACUUCAUCUGAGUCAGAUGAACAACAGAAAAAUAUCCUUCCUUCUUUAAGACCUUACGAGACUGAUACUGAGCAGCAACCUUUGUCUGUCAUAUUAGAGAAAAGGCUCUCAGAAGAAAUUGGACACAAUGAACACAUAAAUGAUGAAGACCUACAUUUUGCUAUCGAACAACCUCCAGAAAUGCAAACACAAUCAAUGCAGGCUAACUCCUUGACACCCCAAGAUUUUCCAUCCGAUUCUGUAAAAAGUCUUGAAGCAUUACCACAACCUGACUUGUCAUCUCAAGUUCUGUUAGUAAAAGUCCCAAUACCUGAAACCCCACCAUCCCAUGUUACACAGUCUCAUGACACAGAAACUGAAGAUAUGCCAUCCCAAGAGAUACCAUCUUCAAACACACCAUCCCAAGACAUGUCUUCCCAAGAUAUGCCAUACCAAGAUAUACAAUUACAAAACAUGUCUUCCCAAGAAAAGCUUUCCCAAGUACAAGUUCUGCCGCCACUACAAGCCGUGCUAUUUGAAGCCCCAACAUUCUCGUCUCAUGACUUGGUAUCUGAAGAUAUGAUACCCCAAAGCACACAAUCCAAGGACGUACAAUAUCAAAAUAUGCCUUCUCAAGAUAUGCUUUCCAGAGUACAAGUUCUGCCACAAUCCAUGCUAUGUGAAGCCCCAACAUUCUUUUCUCCUUCCCAAGAUAAGCUUUCUCAAGUACAAGUUCUGCCACAAGCCAUACUAUAUGAAGCCCCAACAUUCUUGUCUCAUGAUUUGGUAUCUGAAGAUAUGUCACCCCAAAACACACAAUCCAAGGACAUACAAUCUCAAAACAUGCCUUCCCAAGAUAUGCUUUCCCGAGUACAAGUUCUGCCACAAUCCAUGCUAUGUGAAGCCCCAACAUUCUUUUCUCCUUCCCAAGAUAAGCUUUCUCAAGUACAAGUUCUGCCACAAGCCAUACUAUAUGAAGCCCCAACAUUCUUGUCUCAUGAUUUGGUAUCUGAAGAUAUGUCACCCCAAAACACACAAUCCAAGGACAUACAAUCUCAAAUCAUGCCUUCCCAAGAUAUGCUUUCCCGAGUACAAGUUCUGCCACAAUCCAUGCUAUGUGAAGCCCCAACAUUCUUUUCUCCUUCCCAAGAUAAGCUUUCCCAAGUACAAGUUCUGCCACAAGCCAUACUAUAUGAAGCCCCAACAUUCUUGUCUCAUGAUUUGGUAUCUGAAGAUAUGUCACCCCAAAACACACAAUCCAAGGACAUACAAUCUCAAAACAUGCCUUCCCAAGAUAUGCUUUCCCGAGUACAAGUUCUGCCACAAUCCAUGCUAUAUGAAGCCUCAACAUUCUUGUCUCAUGAUUUGGUAUCUGAAGAUAUGUCACCCCAAAACACACAAUCCAAGGACAUACAAUCUCAAAACAUGCCUUCCCAAGAUAUGCUUUCCCGAGUACAAGUUCUGCCACAAUCCAUGCUAUGUGAAGCCCCAACAUUCUUUUCUCCUUCUCAAGAUAAGCUUUCCCAAGUACAAGUUCUGCCACAAGCCAUACUAUAUGAAGCCCCAACAUUCUUGUCUCAUGAUUUGGUAUCUGAAGAUAUGUCACCCCAAAACACACAAUCCAAGGACAUACAAUCUCAAAACAUGCCUUCCCAAGAUAUGCUUUCCCGAGUACAAGUUCUGCCACAAUCCAUGCUAUAUGAAGCCCCAACAUUCUUGUCUCAUGAUUUGGUAUCUGAAGAUAUGUCACCCCAAAACACACAAUCCAAGGACAUACAAUCUCAAAACAUGCCUUCCCAAGAUAUGCUUUCCCGAGUACAAGUUCUGCCACAAUCCAUGCUAUGUGAAGCCCCAACAUUCUUUUCUCCUUCUCAAGAUAAGCUUUCCCAAGUACAAGUUCUGCCACAAGCCAUACUAUAUGAAGCCCCAACAUUCUUGUCUCAUGAUUUGGUAUCUGAAGAUAUGUCACCCCAAAACACACAAUCCAAGGACAUACAAUCUCAAAACAUGCCUUCCCAAGAUAUGCUUUCCCGAGUACAAGUUCUGCCACAAUCCAUGCUAUAUGAAGCCCCAACAUUCUUGUCUCAUGACUUGGUAUCUGAAGAUAUGUCACCCCAAAACACACAAUCCAAGGACAUACAAUCUCAAAACAUGCCUUCCCAAGAUAUGCUUUCCCGAGUACAAGUUCUGCCACAAUCCAUGCUAUGUGAAGCCCCAACAUUCUUUUCUCCUUCCCAAGAUAAGCUUUCCCAAGUACAAGUUCUGCCACAAGCCAUACUAUAUGAAGCCCCAACAUUCUUGUCUCAUGACUUGGUAUCUGAAGAUAUGUCACCCCAAAACACACAAUCCAAGGACAUACAAUCUCAAAUCAUGCCUUCCCAAGAUAUGCUUUCCCGAGUACAAGUUCUGCCACAAUCCAUGCUAUGUGAAGCCCCAACAUUCUUGUCUCAUGAUUUGGUAUCUGAAGAUAUGUCACCCCAAAACACACAAUCCAAGGACAUACAAUCUCAAAACAUGCCUUCCCAAGAUAUGCUUUCCCGAGUACAAGUUCUGCCACAAUCCAUGCUAUAUGAAGCCUCAACAUUCUUGUCUCAUGAUUUGGUAUCUGAAGAUAUGUCACCCCAAAACACACAAUCCAAGGACAUACAAUCUCAAAACAUGCCUUCCCAAGAUAUGCUUUCCCGAGUACAAGUUCUGCCACAAUCCAUGCUAUAUGAAGCCCCAACAUUCUUGUCUUAUGAUUUGGUAUCUGAAGAGAUGUCACCCCCAAACAUACAAUCCCCAAAAACACAAUCCAAGGACAUACAAUCUCAAAACAUGCCUUCCCAAGAUAUGCUUUCCCGAGUACAAGUUCUGCCACAAUCCAUGCUAUAUGAAACCCCAACAUUCUUUUCUCCUUCCCAAGAUAAGCUUUCCCAAGUACAAGUUCUGCCACAAGCCAUACUAUAUGAAGCCCCAACAUUCUUGUCUCAUGACUUGGUAUCUGAAGAUAUGUCACCCCAAAACACACAAUCCAAGGACAUACAAUCUCAAAACAUGCCUUCCCAAGAUAUGCUUUCCCGAGUACAAGUUCUGCCACAAUCCAUGCUAUAUGAAGCCCCAACAUUCCAUGUCACACAAGACCUGUUAUCCGAAACCAUGCAAAUUGAAGCCCAAACAUUCCAUGCUAUGCAGGCCAUUAAUGUACAACACCUAGAACAGCAAUCCCUGGAUCUUCAACUUCAAAAUAUCCAACAUCAAGACCAGCAAUUUACAAGGGUAUCAUAUCAAGACCUUCAAUCAGAAGUCAAGUUACUGACUGAAGAAUGGAAAUUUAAAGAGAAACACCACCAAAUCAGGAAAUCCACCAAGCAGAUUUCCUUCAACCUGCAUAACAAACAUUCAAGAAAGAAAUCUAUGGACUUACCAAUCCAAGACCAGCAACCCCCAAGGAAGAAAUCCUUAGACCAGCAAAUCAAAGGCUGGCUAUCCCCAAAGAGGCACUCCAUAGAUAAGCAAGAUAAGCAAGUUCAAGUUAAGCAAUUCUCAGAUCAGCAAACUGAAGACCAGCUGGCCCAAGGAAAGCAAUCCCUAAAGCAACAAUACCAAAACUUGCAAGGUGAAAACCAGCACGGCAAAGAGGAGAAAUCCCUUAAAAAACAAAUCCAAUUUCAACAAACUCAAGACCUGCAGGUUCAAGAGGAGAAAUCCUCAAAGCAGCUAGGUGAACAUCUGCAAUCCCAAAUUCAGAAACAACAAGACUGGCAAUCUUUAGGCCAACAAUCCCAAGACUGGGAAACUCAAGAAUGGAUAAACAAAGAUCAUAAAGCACAAGAAAGCAAUUUUGAAAUGAAACGUUCCAUAAGUUGGGAAUCCCACUCCACGCAAACCCAAGAUAUAUUAGAGAAAGAAUUCCUAAUGCAGAAAGUUAUAUUCAAAGAGACCAAAGCUUUGCACACCAUACCUCAACAUCACCAACAGAACUUUCGAUGCACAGCUAUCAAAAAAGAAGAUAUGCAAAUAAAUACUAGACCAACAAAAGACAAUAUGCAAAUAAGCACUAUACAAACAAAAGACAUCAGAUUGGUAGAAAUGAAAAGUCUAUGCCAAAAUUCAAGUGAUGCGCUAUCAGAAGAUAUGAAGCCAGAAUUUCAUCAUUCCUCCUGCCAAAGUUCAGUACAAGAUGAAUCUUCCACCUGUGAAGGCUCAGAACAAGAUGUGCAACAAAAUACUUCAAUUAGUUCAACUUCAUACAAAGAAGAUCCAACCUUAACCUCAUGUUAUCCAAAGGAUCAACAGCAAUCUGAAGACUCUGACUAACUUGCAGAAUCUACCCAAAUACCACACUGCUCCCAAAUAUGGAACCAGAUUGGGGGAAAACAAUAUAGUCACCUCCUGUAUUCUCAAGUGGUGUUGCUAGCUU